GCAAUUUUAAUUGAGACGCGCGAUUCUCGGUCGUUGACUAACAGAGUUCAAUUGCGGCAGGCUGCUGAUUGCGAUGCAGCCAAAAGUCGGUUUCUUAUCGCCAAUUUUAUGAACUUUUAAGUAAAAAUCUUCACCUGGUGAAUUUUGUGACACAUUGCAGGUCCCUUAAAACCGAAAGAAAAAAACAGUGAUUUUUUUUAAAUUUUGUGAAUAAAAAAACAAAAGCAACUAAAAAGAAAAUAAACUUGGUUUGAAAAACAAACGAUCAAAAAAAUACUUAUAUAUACUUAUACUUAUAUUCUGACGACCUAUAGAAAGUUUAUGUGGUAUUCGCAAAGUGUCCAGUAAAAUUACACAACAUAUGACGAAAGGCCGCAGCUGUCAAACAUAAUAUACACGAAUUAUUUCUGAUCCCGGUCUGUCAAGAAUCACCGAGCACACUAAUUGGUUUUAAAAAUUAAGCGAGACUCGACGCAGGCAAUUAGGCGAAAUCGCAGAUGCAGCGGCGAAGAUGAGUCGGAGUGGCCUUGUGGCCAGGCUCUUCUCCAUUCCCGGAUAGAAUCGUGAGUGGAUGCAAGUGGUGCGCGUGCGAAAGAACGCUAUGUUGGAGGUGGACAAAAUUCUGGAGAAGUGCGGCGACUUCAGCCGGCUUCAGUUGGUGAUGCUGCUACUGUUCUGUCUAAUCAAUAUUCUUUCGGCCCUGCACUACUACUCACAAACCAUCAUCAGCUUUGUUCCCAAAUACUGGUGUGCGGACGGUGUGUCUGCCAGCUUUGAACCGCCGCAAGAGUCGAUCUGUCUGCCUUUGGACCGUAAUGCCAGUAGUCCGCACACUUGUAACAGCUACGACUACGAGCUCUACAUGGGCUACGAGAGCUUUCCCAGCGAAAUGGACUGGAUUUGCGCUGAUGCCUGGAAACUGACCCUCGGCCAGUCCAUGUUUUUCGUGGGUUCCGUAGUGGGUUCCAUGGUAUUGGGUUACCUUGCGGAUGUGGUUGGUCGUUUACCAAUUCUGGUGGUGGCCAACCUGAUUGCCAUGACCGGCAAUCUUUUGACCAUCUGGGGCACCAAUGUAACACUCUUUUGUAUCUUCCGCAUGAUUUCUGGCAUUGCCACGGACAGCAACUUUGUGAUGAUGUAUAUUUUGGUUAUGGAGUACAUGCGUCCAUCAGUGCGCACUCUUGGACUUAGCAUCUGCAUUGGUCUUUUCUACUGUCUGGGUUCGAUGGCAGCUCCCUGGAUUGCCGUGCUCAUGCGCAGCUGGCGGGGAUUCCUGCUGGCCACUUCCCUACCCCUUUUGGUGGUUCCAUUUUUCUACCUAAUCGUUCCCGAGAGCAUUCAGUGGCUGAUUUCGAAGAAAAAGUACGACAAGGCUAUUGUCUGCCUGAAAAGGGUGGCCAGGAUAAAUGGCAGGCAAGUAGAGGAGAGUGCCUACGAGGAGUUCAUCGAGGAGUGCAAGUUCAGCCAGCAGAACGAGAAGACCUCACCCCAUCUGCUGCACCUGUUCAAGACGCCCCGCCUGCGCCGGAACACGCUGAUCCUCUUCUUCAAGUCCAUGGUCAUCACCCUCUGCUACGAAGCGGUAUCUCGCAACGUUCAGGGCCUUGGCAUUUCGCCAUUUGUGAUGUUCUCGCUGAGCGCCACCGCAAUUUUGCCGGCCUGCCUGCUCAUCAUCGCCCUGCAAGAUCGCAUCGGCCGCAAGGCGAUGGCCUCCGCCUCGCUGCUGCUCAGUGGCAUUUUCAUCUCGGUCACCGGCGGCAUCAUCUUCGCCGCCUCCGCCUCGGAUAAGACCACCACAUUGCUGGUAAGCCUUUCUGUUGUUGGUCGCUUUGGAGUGACGGUGGCCUACAAUUCGGGAGCACAGUAUGCCACCGAGCUAAUCCCCACUUGCGUUCGAGGCCAAGGAGUGGCAGCAGUCCACGUGGCAGGAUACGCCUUCACCUUCUUCAGCGCCUACAUCCUGUUCACAAGGAGCAUCUUUUCGCCGCUUCCCGAGAUAAUCCUUGGAGUGCUCUCCCUGCUGGGGGCGUGUCUCUGCCUCCUCCUGCCGGAAACCCUCAACCGCACUUUGCCCACUUCCCUGGAGGAUGGCGAGAAUUUCGGAAAGAACGAUCGCUGGUACACCUUCAGUUUCAUGGAGAAACGAACUCCAUCAGCCGCCACGCUGGCCACACAAAACGUCAAAAUGUACUCGCAAUCAACCGAAUCUGCAGUAUACUUCUGAUGAAAUACUAAGACAGAAAAUAAUAAGUAGAUGACAGUUAAAUUUAUCUAUAAUGAAGGGUUUAACAAAUUGUAAGUGUAUUUAUAAGUAACAUGUAUAUACAAAGGUAUUAUUGUGCAUCAAAAGUAACAAACAAUAAAUAAAAAAAUAUAU